AUGGCUUCGUCUUGUAAACUGGGUCGGUGGAGGAAUGUCACUGCCUGGCCAAGAAUGUCUUCAACUUUCUGGGCUGUGGUGCUACUGACCAGCCUGCUGAUAAUUUACUGCGGUCAGUUGGCAGCGGGUACUUGUGAGAUAGUUACUCUGGACCGGGACAGCAGUCAGCCACGGCGGACCAUAGCACGACAGACGGCGAGGUGUGCCUGCAAAAAGGGUCAGAUUGCAGGCACCACGAGAGCCAGUCCGGCUUGUGUAGACGCUCGCAUUGUGAGGAGCCGGCAGUGGUGUGAUAUGAUGCCUUGCUUGGAAGACGAGGGCUGUGACCUCUUAGUAAACCAGUCGGGCUGGACCUGCACACAGCCUGGGGGACGGGUGAAGACCACCACGGUCUCCUGACGAUGGCGGGGAAAGACUCUCCGGAAAGAGAGAGGGGAUGGUGUGUGAGCUGCUUCCCAUGGUCAAUCGCCUGUGUGGAUCAUACAUUGUCUUAUCAUCAGCUGUCCGUCCAUUGUCCUGUGCAAAAGAGUGAAAACCACAUCAAAUCUACGGUGCCAAAGGCCCGGACUCCGAAUACAGGAGCUGGAGCUAAACAUCGAACCGAUGGACUCUGCAAUACUGUAUUAUUCUGCGGGAGACCAAACUUAUUUUUCAGUGGGUCGUCUUGAAGUGGGUCGUCUUGAACUUCUGGAUAUGACCCAGGACGAGAUUCUCUUUUGGAGUUUACACUUGGCAACUCCUCUGCAGUGUUUUUACAGAAUACAGACCAAAGUUAAAGACCAUGUUAUGGAGGACACAGUGGACUAUGGGAUAAGGGGUUUAGUGACUUAUUAAAGUUGAUAAAACAUGCAAUCCUGUAUUCCCACUUACACUUUGAUAGACAUACCCACAAAUGUACACAUGGUGACUUAUUUCGCUGAGUAAUUGUGUACAAAUUAAUGACAAUAAUUGGAAGGCAAAAGAAAUAAGUCAAAGGACAUUGUGUAAUUUGUCAAUGACAUUUAUUUUAGACUACUAAACUGUAAUUGUGUACUCACUGCUCUAUUUUGAACAUUAAUUAAAUCAGAUUUACAUUUUCCAUUGCUAUAUUUUGAAAAUUUGCAGUCAGCAUGGCUGGUUAUAGUGAAACAAGCAAAUCAUUUCUCACCAGGAAAGAAGAGGAGGAAAAGAGUAAAUCCGUCAUAUCUGUUUGGGGGAAAGAAACAUUACAUGUAUUUUCAAAAGCCUAAAGUUAUAUAUUUAACAGUUUUAUAUGUUGUAUCUUUGUAGAAAACCUUAUUUAGCACUGGAACUGUGGUCACAUUGCCAAUCAUAAACUGUGCAUACACAAUGAGCUAUGUCCUUAAGCUACUGGUCUGUCUUGUUCAUUUGAACAAAGUCAAGUGGCUCUGCCUUUCCAUUCUGUUGAAUUAUUUUUUUCAUCAUAAAAUCAACUAUUUAACAUGAAAUGAGGUGGAAAUUACAAUAUUAAAGCAACCAGACAAUAGUACAGAACCCGUUUAUGAAGAAAGGUUAUAUUUUCUAAAUUUGUAGCCCACAGUUACCUUUGAAAAUGUUGCGCAAUUUCAGGUUUUAAUUUUCAAACCACCUUUACUAAUACAUCGUGUGGAAGCUGUAGGAAUUGUAAACUGGGCGCUAUUUUCCCUUGCCAUAGACAAUACAGAGAAUUUGGCGGAGGGAUAUUUAUUUAGUUUUUUUGUGAACAGUUUUCCUUGGGGUUUUGCCUGCUACACACGCUCUGUUAUAGUCACAGACAUGAUUUAACCAGUUUCAGAGUGC